CAAGCGGUUUUGUGUAAACAAAAACAAAUAUUUUUUUGUACACAAUUUUCGAAUAAUACAGUCCAAAACAAUGUUUUAUCAUAUAUCCCUUGAACACGAGAUACUACUGCAUCCACGGUACUUUGGGCCGCAACUGCUGGAGACUGUGAAACAAAAGCUUUACUCGGAAGUGGAGGGCACAUGUACGGGAAAAUAUGGUUUUGUUAUAGCUGUGACAACUAUAGAUCAAAUUGGAUCGGGUGUCAUACAACCUGGACAGGGUUUUGUAGUUUAUCCUGUUAAAUACAAGGCGAUUGUGUUUCGCCCGUUUAAAGGAGAGGUCUUGGAUGCCGUCGUCAAACAAAUUAAUAAGGUUGGAAUGUUUGCUGAGAUUGGGCCGUUGUCCUGUUUUAUUUCGCAUCAUUCCAUCCCUGCUGACAUGCAAUUUUGCCCGAAUGGCAAUCCCCCUUGCUACAAAUCUAAAGAUGAAGACGUGGUCAUUUCUGGGGAGGAUAAAAUACGACUCAAAAUUGUAGGCACACGAGUGGAUGCCACCGGCAUUUUUGCUAUUGGCACAUUGAUGGACGACUAUUUGGGACUUGUUUGCAAUUAAGUCCGAAAGAGAACAAUUCAAAAUUUUGCAUAUAUAUAUAUAUUUAUAUU